CCAGUUUACUACAAACGAACACUCGUCCGAUUGGUCAUUGAUCAUAGUUGAGCUAUUAAUCUAUCAAGGUCAAAAAGAGGACUAUUUUCGACCAAUAAAAUCAAACAUCUGCUACUAAAAUGAUUUCAAAUUAUAAAAAUUAUUUUCUUCAGAUGAUUCUAACUAGUUCAUCAGUAAAAUUAUUACAAAUUCAAUAAUACAAGACAGCUAGAACAAGAGUUGAUCAACAUUAUGUCCCAUGUAACAAAUACUCUGUGUCUGUUUAUCGAUGGAUUAACACUUAUAUACCUUCUAGAUUUAGCAACAUUUUAUAUAUUUAGUAAAACAUUGAUUACGUCGAUUCGAUUGGUUUUAAGUUUGCCAACAUGUCAUAUUUUCAGUUAUUUAUUUAAAAAAUGGCUAAUAUUUCGCUGUCUUUUAUUCUGCUGGAGAAGAUAUAGUGUGUAUAGACGGUUAAAUAAGAAAAAAGAUGAUUUGACGGAUAAACAUGGCCGAUUGCAUAUCAAAUUUCAAGGUUUACAUAAUAUGGAUAGUCAAUCCAAACAGUUAUCACUCAACAACAAUAAUGAACUGACAUCAAUGAGCUUGAGUCAACUGCGUGAGAAGCUACAUAAUAGAAGUAUUACGUCAGUCGAUCUUUUAGAUGCUUAUCAAAUUCGUGGUUUAGAACUACUUCGUACGAGAUCCAACUGUAUCAGUGAAAUUAUUUAUGAAGCUGAUGUCUACGCUAUAUUAGCUGAUAGCUCACGGGAUUCAGAAGGUGGACAUGUUAGUUCAAUUCAUGGGAUACCUAUAGCAUUGGAAGAAAUAUUUCCUAUUCAUGGUUAUGACCAUACAAUGGGAUAUACAAUACGCACCAAUCGUGGUGCAGAAGAUGACUGUAUUUUAGUAAAAGCACUGCGUGAUUGUGGUGCAAUUCCAGUGAUAUUGACAAAUGUAAAGCAAAAGAUUCUUGGCUUAUCAGCGAACAAUCCAAUAACUGGAUUAACAAGUCAUCCUACACAUCCUGGACGAGCGUGCGUCAGUGGUAUGGGGCCUUUGUUAGUUCAUAAGGGUUCUCCGUUAGCUGUUGGUUUCGAUAUAUUGGGUGAAGCACGUCUUUCAGCUGCAUUUUGCGGAAAAGCAGCACUCAAACCAACUCCAUAUAGGAUGAGCAACAAAGAUUUGAAAUUGCCAAUUGAACUACCUGAAGACUUGCUACCAGUUCCAUCUCCUAUGGGUCAUAGAAUUGAAGAUAUUGUUGACGUUUUAAAAAGCCUUUGGACCUCAAAUAUGUUCGCACACGAUUGUACCUUAUGUCCGAUGGCAUUCAACGACAAGGAAUAUAAAUCUAUUGCAGAAGGAAAUAGGAAACUGAAGAUUGGUUUCUAUUCAAAUUUUGAUGGUCUAGUCAAAGCUUCACCAUCAGUACAACGAGUCAUGUCAGAAAUUCGUGAUGAGCUUUCUAGACAAGGUCAUGAAGUGGUCGACUUUGCCUUGCCAACACCGAGUAAAGCAUACCAGCUAACUAUAAGUUUAUUGGCUAGUUAUAUGGAACCAGAAUCCCUGAAGUUACUAUAUAUUCACGGAAACGGAGACAUAUUGGUAGAUUAUAGGCAGCGUCUCUUGCAUUUGUUCUAUGCGCUACCCCGUUUUCUUAGACACAGAAUAGCUGAAUGGCGUGCAGAAGGUAUUAAAAAAGACUAUCCAGCUACAGCAGUUGUUCUACGAGGUUUAGGCUACAGUCAAAGUCGUAAAACAUUGAUCAAUCAAAUUAAUGAUUAUAAGCAAGAAUUUUUCUCACUGUGGAAUGAAGUGGAACUAGAUGUCUUAGUGUGCCCAACUGCACCAAUACCUGCUCCAUGGGAUGAUAGUCCGUCGUAUGUAACUAAUUGUGUAUUACCAUUUACAUGUUUAUAUAAUUUACUCGGUUGUCCAGCUGGUACUUUAUCCGUGGGACGUGUUGAAAAGUGUGAUUUGCAAGCAUGUGGUGACAUCUCUGAUAACAAUUUCAAAAGUUCCCAGCUUGACAUCAUGUUCUCUGAACAGCAUAAACGUUCCGAAGGUUUGCCUAUCGGUGUACAAGUUGUCGCAAAACCAUGGAAUGAUGAGUUAGUACUUGGGCUACUCGUCAGACUACAAUCCAUUAUUACGGCAUAACUGUUAUCUCUUGUCUCUUUAUGGCCGAUCAAGCGACUUAACUGUUGUUGAAUUAAGUUUGUACAAAUACUUGUAUAAUUUGUUUUAAUUCCGUCCACGGUGAAAGGUUUUUCUUUUUUUCAAAAUAUUUGGUUAAACAAAGUAGUGUCAGAUUGUAGUUUUAUUUGUGAAUUAUCUACAGCUUUAUUAUUCGUUAUAUUCUUGUUUAUAUUCAGGAAUAAAUUUCAGGUUUUUUCUGAAAAAAAAUCUAAAUGCAUGUAAAUGAUACUUUUAUAUCUUUUUUAUUUAGUGCAUCAAAUACUUAUUUUGUAGACCGUGUUCUUGAGGUCACGUCCAAUGUUUCAAUAGUUUCAUGUAUAUAUUUGUUUAAACAAUAUAUAAUUUGCUUGUGUGUAUACUAUAUAUUUGCUAAUUAAUUAAGAGUUUUAUAUUGUGAUACUUAAGCAGUAUUACAAUGUUUUUAAGCAAAGAUGAAUAGUGGCUAGGAGGGGAAUCCAGGACGCUAGCCACUAUCCAUCUUUUUCAAAAAGCUUAUGACUUAAGGCUAUAUCGAGAUAACCCGCACAGGAUGCACAUAUGGCAACAUGAGAUUGAUCAAUCAUAGUCCUAAAUAACAAUGGGAAGAUACAAGUAAAACAACACCAAGUGAAUGCAUUACAAUAUCCCAUUAAAUAUUAAUUAAUAUUCCUAGUUUAAAUCUAUUAUACUAUGAUAUACGAUAAAGAUUCUCAGCUAUUAUCUAUGUGUAGUAAAGAACAAGAUUCAUGAAAAAAGUGAUUUCUUUUGAUAACUUCACGUUGUUAUGUUUGAAUUAAGCGAUUAUGAACAAUGAGAAGGUUGUAAAAGUUUAAUGUCUCACAAAAUUGAGCUGAGGUAGAAAAUGGAGUUCGCCGAGUUUAGAACAAGUGGUUCAAAGGUUAAGUCAGAAGUUACAAUUCAAUUAGGAAAUAAAUAAAUACUAUUGAGGAGUCCUAGAAGUUUUUCAUGUAGUUUUUCACUGAAUGGGAUAUUACAAAUGUAUUAGUAUUUGUAUUAAUACAAAUAGCCUACCCAAUUUCUAAUUAAUGUGAAAUUUAGUCAAAUCAUAGUAAUAAUACUUACCCUCUAAGGUUACUUCUAAUUAUUUUCCUGAAUAGAUAAUUUAAAUUUGAAGUUAUAUGUUAUUUGGUGUUAUUGAUGGCUCUAACCAGGGUAAAACCAAAAUAAUUAGGUGAAAAUAUUUAUCUAUCUAACAAAAGUGAUCAUGCCAUAGGUAUGUUUGUCGAAAAUCAACUUUGACUCAAUUUCACUUUACUCUGACCUCGGACGCUUAUUUUGUCAGAUGAAGCAUUUCACUCAUAUCCUUUGGUUCCAGUUCAUCUCAUCUGACAAGUUCAUCAUAUUGUGGUCCUAUUUUUUGUUUUUUAUUGAAUCUUUCUCCAUAAUGAUGUAAACUACAAACAAGGCUGCUUUCUGACCAAAUGUAUCACUUAACAUUUUCCAUUAUGAACUGACUAACUCGAUAGAUAAAGAUGUUUGUCAACCAUGGUAAUGUAAAUACUACUUCUUAUUGAACAAUUCAGUAUAUCUUUUAUACUUAACGAAACAUGUGAAUCCCUUUAUCAUGGAAAAACAGAAAUACAUUCGAU